AUGAAGGCCGCUCUCCUUCCCCUCGCCGCCAUGUUCGCUGUCGCCGCGGCACAAACCACCUCCGUCUGCCAGGCCGCCUACAUCGUCGAGAACUGCCUGGGUUCCGAGAACGCCAAGCUCUCCGUGUGCAACCGUGACGACUACGGCUGCAAGUGCGCGCAGUAUGCCAACAUCAUUACCUGCUUCAACAACUGCCCCAACGAUGUUCGCAAGGCAUCCGUCAUGGGCGAACGUGAUACCUGGUGCGCUCUCGACAAGCAAUACCCGUCCUCGACUAGCAAGGUCGUCGCCGCCACCACCACCGCCGCUGGCCUGAACACCGCUGUCGCGGCCCAACCCACCGACGCCGGUAGCGACAACGAGAACACGGACGACGCUGCCAACACCACUGCCGGGAACGCCGCGUCGAGCAACACCGACUCUGCCCCUUCAAGCUCCGCGACCGGUAACGCCGCCGGUGAGGUUCUUGUGAACGCUGGUGGCCUGUUGGCUGCUGUCGCUGGUGUCGUUGCUGCUGUGCUUUAA